UUCUUACAACCCCCAACCCCUCCUCUGACCUCUCCUCUCACUUCUCAUUUGUGUCUGUGCCUGUAUAUAUAUAAAUAGAAGCACUACAGAGAGAUGUGGCCACAAUUUCCCUCUAUGCAUCAAACCCAGAGAGCGUGAUAUCUUGGCCUUGUCUUUCUUGGCAGAUUGAUAAGGCAGUCUGCUGUGUACAUAAGAUUCUGUUUAAUUUCAGGACUUGUCCUUGAUUUGUAGUUGGUGUAAAGAUGCCUGGACUUGUAAUGGAUGGACUGCAUAGAGACGGCAUGGCAAAUUACACUCCUAAAGAGGGUUUCAGUAAUUCUCCAGUGAGUGCUUUGAGUCCACAGAGUCAUGAGAGUGGGUCUAUUGAUCUGGUUAUUGAUGGUGUGAUCAAUACCUCCAUCGAGCAGCUGUAUCACAAUGUAUGUGAGAUGCAGAGCUCUGAUCAAUCACCCUCUAGACGCAGCUUUAUAUCAUACGGCAAUGAGUCAAGGAUUGAUUCAGAAUUGUACCAUCUUGUGGGAGGACUUUUUGGAGAUGCGGAGGUAAUGAAAGAGGUUGUAAUGAUGAAGAAUAAAGGAGAGGAUAAUGAAGGCAAUUUGGUUUCUGAGAAAGAAAAUGGUUCUGUUGAUAGAAGGACUGGAAUAAAGGAUAAGACCCAAUUUGCAAGUGAAAAGUCUGUUCCUUCACUGCAAUGGAAGAGGCCUUCUCAUUUGCAUUUGGAAUCUGAAGGAUCCCCUAAAUCAAAUCCUAAUGAGAGGCCUCCAAUUGAUAAAAGGCGUGAGAGGAAUUUGAGAAAACCAAAUGGGGUUAUUCCCAUUAGGAAGCAAAAGAAUUUUGCUUCAGGAGUGAAGUUCCACAAUGGAACCGAGGAUCUCCUUGAGGCGGGACUAGAUAACCCAGACUUGGGACCAUUCUUACUUAAACAAACAAGGGAUUUGAUUUCUUCAGGGGAAAAUCCCCAGAAAGCUCUUGAACUGGCUCUUCGGGCAGUGAAAUCAUUUGAGAUAACUGGGAAUGGGAAACCCAAUUUGGAGCUGGUCAUGUGUCUGCAUGUCAUAGCUGCAAUAUACUGCAGCUUAGGCCAGUAUGAUGAGGCAAUUCCUUCUCUUGAGCGCUCGAUUGAAAUUCCUGUGAUAGAGGAGGGGCAGAAUCAUGCUCUUGCUAAAUUUGUUGGAUGCAUGCAGUUGGGUGAUACUUAUGCAAUGAUAGGGCAGAUUGAGAACUCUAUACUGUGCUACACAGCAGGUUUGGAGAUCCAAAGACAAGUCUUGGGAGAAAUGGACUCUCGUUUUGGUGAGACUUGCAGGUACUUAGCUGAGGCUCAUGUUCAAGCAUUGCAAUUUGAUGAGGCCAAGAAGCUUUGCCAGAUGGCCCUCAACAUCCACAAGAAGAAUGGCACACCUGCUUCUCUUGAAGAAGCAGCAGACAGGAGACUAAUGGCGCUUAUCUGUGACUCAAAAGGAGAUUAUGAAGCUGCUCUUGAGCAUUAUGUUUUAGCAGGCAUGGCAAUGGCAGCAAAUGGCCAGGAAAUAGAUGCGGCAUCCAUCGAUUGCAGCAUUGGUGACACGUAUUUAUCUCUGGCUCGAUAUGAUGAGGCUGUUUUUUCCUAUCAGAAAGCUCUCACUGUGUUUAAAUCAACUAAAGGGGAGAAUCAUCCAACUGUGGCUUCAGUUUUUGUCCGCUUGGCUGAUCUAUACAACAAGGUAGGAAAAUUAAGGGAGUCCAAAUCUUACUGUGAAAAUGCCCUUCGGCUUUAUGGAAAGCCCAAUCCUGGAAUCCCCUCAGAAGAGAUUGCCAGUGGUUUAAUUGAUAUUUCAGCUAUCUUUGAAUCCAUGAAUGAGCUGGAGCAGGCACUCAAGUUACUUCAGAAAGCCUUAAAGAUAUACGGUAAUGCCCCAGGUCAGCAAAGCACAAUUGCAGGAAUUGAGGCCCAGAUGGGGGUCAUAUAUUAUAUGAUGGGAAAUUACUCUGCCUCAUACAACUCCUUCAGCUGUGCCAUUUCAAAGCUUCGAGCAAGUGGAGAGAAGAAAUCUGCUUUCCUUGGGAUCGCUCUGAAUCAAAUGGGCCUUGCCUGCGUGCAACGUUAUGCAAUAGGCGAGGCUGCUGAGCUGUUUGAAGAAGCAAGGAGUAUUUUGGAAAAGGAAUAUGGACCAUGCCACCCUGACACAUUAGGGAUUUACAGUAAUCUUGCUGGCACUUACGAUGCAAUGGGCAGGUUGGAGGAUGCCAUUGAAAUUUUGGAAUAUGUUGUUGGGGUAAGAGAGGAGAAGCUGGGGACAGCAAAUCCUGAUGUAGAUGAUGAGAAGAGAAGGUUGACAGAGUUAUUGACAGAAGCAGGCAGGGUUCGGAGUAGGAAAACCAGAUCACUACAAACCUUCCUUGACACCAACCCUCAGACGACAAUAAAUGAUGCCAUCAAGGUAUUAUAAGCCAAUGAUUCAACGAUGUAUUUAUUAUAUUCUUGUAAAAUAUGCUUUAGAGAAAAGAAUACAUGUUAGGUGGUUGGUCGGAUUUUUAGAUUCUUGCUGGAAAAAUUGGGGAAACGCAAAGAAUAACGGUGACAAAGGGGAUUUGGCACCAAAUUCUUGAUUAUACUACAUAUGGGGUCCUCAUGAAAAGUUGCAUUUAUAUUCAAUUGUGUAAGGAAUUGUUGAAAUUCCUCAGUCAAAUUGUUGUUUGUAUGUCUCAUGUUUUAAUAAAGAAAUGGUGGGAUUUCAUUUUC